UACGUUUGCGCGCGGGCUGCUGUCUGUCAUUGCUCUGCGCUGCUCUUCGGCUGAGGGUAGCCUUCGGGUAGCUUCCCCCGCUUCCCAGCGAACAAGUGCCUCUCCCCCCACCCCCACCAACGAAAAGAGUUCUAUGAUGCCGCCAAGACUGCCCCACAGCUCUGGAGGAGCGGCAGCAGCAGCAGCAGCAACGAAACGAGUAACCACGAGUAGAAGGAUUAGCCACAGCACUUCAUCCCACUUCAACAGCAACAACAGCAGCAGAAAUAGCAGCAGUAAAACAUUUCACAAGCGCCGACGAAGGCGACACAGCACCAGCAAUGCCUACACAGAUGCAACAUCGGAUGAUGCCAUAGCAGCAGCAGCAGCAGCAGGAGCAGCAGCAGCGAGAUGCAGCAACACGUGGCGGGCGCCAGUCACAUAUUUGGCACUGCUUUUGCUCUCCACAACCUGCUCCCUAGGUACUGCAGCUGCAUCAUCGGCAGCUGCUACAUCCGCAUCCGCAUCCACAUCCACAUCCACAUCAGUAUCUGGAUCUGCAUUAAGCAUCGCCUCCAGCUCACCCUGCGCCCCACAGCACUGGUGGGAUCCGUUGCGGAACAAGUGCACCGCCUGCACCGUCUGCCAGGGCGAGAUGAUCCCACUGCGUCCAUGCCAGCUGCACACGAACACCAUCUGCGGCUCCAUCUACGACUUGAAGAUCGAUUGGGUCGUUCUCGCCAAGACAGAGCCCAAUUGGAAGGAGCGCCGAAAGUCCUCCGAGUAUGAGCACUUCGAUCAGGAUGCACCGCUGCAGCACUUGACCCACGAGCAGCUGCAGCGGGCCCAGGAGGCGGCCGCCGCCUGGGCCCUCGACUGGCAGACGGGCGUACUCUAUGUGGCCGUCCUCACCUGCCUCAUCUUCUUCUCGGUGGCCGCCUGCAUCCUCAUCCAUCACAUGCGCCAGUGGCGACGCAUGGAGCGGCGCUUGGAUCAAGACGUGGAGGAGCUGUCGACGAAGCUGAUGGCCAAGCUGGCGGAGGUGCAGAGCCUGGACGGCGGAACCUUCUUCAUUGGCAAUGCGGACGCCCUGCGCGGAUUGCCCGCUGCCGCCACGCAUGCGACUUUGGCCACGGCGGCGCAGUCGGGGAUCUUUCAGCCGCAACAUGUGCUGCUGCCUGAGAAACAUCAGGGCAAGCAUCAGGAGCGACGGAUUCUGAAGACCCUGCAGCCCGGCAAUGUCUACAUUGAGGAGAACAACGGUGGGGGCCUGAUGGGGGGAGUGGGUGCCAGCUCCAAGGGUUGAUCGGCGUACCAGCUGGGAAAGUUCCAGCGAAUGAGAAGCCGAAAACGGAAAACAGGAAGCCGAAAACGGAAAACAGGAAACCGAAAACCGGGAGGAGAACCCACCACAGCAUCCCCCCAGCAUCGGAAACGAGAGUGUACAAACAGCCUAACAGCUUAAAAAAUCAGAAUUGGGAAUCAUCGAAUUAUUAUUAUUAUUAUUAUUAUUUUUUCUAUU